AUGGCGCACGAACGCCUGCAUGCGACUAGGGCGCCAGCGCGCGUGCCUGUAUCCGCCGCGAAUGCUGCACCGUUUCUGGACUCGCCAGGAGCGGCGUCUUCUGCUGCUGAAAUCGAUAAAGAUGCGCUUUCUGUGAUUUUAGUCACUGCGGGGUACGAUCAUACGAUCCGGUUUUGGGAGGCCUGGUCGGGCGUCUGCUCGCACACGGUCCAGUUUCCCGACUCGCAGGUGAACCGGCUUGCGAUCAGUCCCGACAAGCGCUUUCUUGCUGCGGCCGGGCAUAACCAGGUGCGCCUGUACGACUGCAAUAUCGGUGGCGCGGCGGGCGGUGCGUCAAAUGCGCACGGCGCCAGCGACGCAGCGCGUGGAAACAAUGUGAACCCUGUAGCGACGUUUGACGGACAUGCGGGAAACGUGACAUCGAUUGCGUGGCACUGCGACGCAAAGUGGCUCGUGAGUGGCUCCGAGGACGGGACGUUGAAGAUUUGGGAUACGCGCACAUCGCGCCCCCAGCGCGUCUACGAUCACCACGGCCCUGUCAAUGACGUGGUCAUUCAUCCAAAUCAAGGCGAGUUAAUUUCUUGCGACCAGAACGGCAGUGUAAAGCUGUGGGACCUGGGCGAGAAUGGGUGCAGCCAUGAAUUGGUGCCGGAAGAAGAGGUGCCUAUACGAUCUGUCACCGUCGCUUCCGACGGCUCCUGCCUUAUUGCGGCGAACAACAAAGGCAAUGUGUACUGCUGGCGCAUCCAGAAUGGCGGCUAUGGCUCCGACGGCACGCCCGUCGCGGACGUCAAAGGCAGCGAGUUUACCGACCUUGUCCCGGUGACCAAAUUCCGUGCCCACGAAACAUACAUUACGCAGUGCGCACUGAGCCCUGAUGCGCGUUUCUUGGCGACAUGCUCUGCGGACACAACCGUCAAGAUUUGGUCGACGAACCAAUUUAAAUUUGGUCUGGAAAAAACGCUCGUGGGCCACCAGCGCUGGGUAUGGGACGUGGCGUUCAGUGCAGACAGCGCGUACCUCGUUACCGCAUCGUCGGAUCAUGUAGCUCGACUAUGGGAGCUAUCCAGUGGCGAGACGAUGCGCCAGUACAACGGCCACCAUCGCGCCGCAGUGUGCGUCGCAUUGAACGACUCUAGUCUUUGA